AUAGCAAAAAUUAUUGUAUAUUUUAGACGCAUAUGACGGUCAAGGUCCACAAGUUGGCGUUUACAAGGCACACAAAGAUCAGACACUCAACAUUUCUAAACAACCGACUUGAGCUGAGGGACGAGGCUGUCGUGCGUGGCCUGCUGAUUCUGACAGUAGAAUCAUAAACUCUGUUAGAAAGAUCAAAGAAGAAAAGAUGCUGUCUGGUGGGCAUGGAGAGGUCAACCCUAACUCCUCUUGGCAUAGCAGUCGAGGGGCAUGGAUUUCCUAUCUGGCUGGCGUGUUGGCACUGCACCUCUUUCUUCUCUCCAUCCCAGUCCUAUCUAUACCUACUGCCUGGACACUCACCAAUGUCAUCCAUAAUCUGGCAAACUAUCUGUUCCUUCACCAGAUAAAAGGAACACCUUGGCAGUUGCUGGACCAAGGAAAGGCUCGGCGGAUGACAGCUUGGGAACAAAUUGACUAUGGACAGCAGUUUACAACAACACGCAAAUUUAUCACCAUAAUACCCAUUGUUUUGUUCCUCCUCACCAGUUUCUACACAAAAUAUGACUUCAAUCACUUUGCUGUCAACUUUGCAACGCUGCUACUUGUGCUGAUUCCCAAGCUUCCUCAGUUCCAUAUGGUUCGCUUAUUUGGAAUCAAUAAAUACUGAUUCGUUCCACUCUGAGCAGAUAGAGGCAAGCAGAAAGUUUCUCUUGUGCAGAGAAGAUGUGGUGGCUAUGCUAUUUAUCCCCUCUUAUAAGCUACAGGAUGAAUUUUAGCACAAGAUUUUUGCAAAAACAAGGGAGGCUGGACUCCAGAUAUACAUAUGCUACAUUCCAAAAGAUUCAGGACUAAUGCCAGUAUUUCUGGCAUUCAUAGUAUGUUUGUAAUUACAGAAAAAUUGAAAUUAUAUUUAUGUAUCUAUUCACUGAGGAAAUCUCAAAAUAUAAAAUCAGUAAGAUUUCCUUGAAUGUAUCAGCUGACAUAGUCUCUCUUGACCUUUCACACACAAGUUUUGUAAUAUAUACUGCACCUUCUCCUGUUUGUGUUUCUUGUAUUACAUCUUGUUGUGCACAUCUACAUUUCUUUCCCAUGUUUCAACCUUUCUUUACACUUCCAUGUGUCCUUUGGUAAGUGCUAGCCUACAAUGUUUUUACAAAAAUGGCCAGAAGUCAAUGACCUUACUGGAAGGUAUUUCUUGAGGUGGUUAAGCAGUGCCAUUUGGGUUGUAAAGUUAAGCAUCUUGAAGGUACUUUCAAGCACGACAAUCCCUCUAAGUCCUCCCUCAUUUUUGUUGCUGCUUUCCAUUCUUCUUCCUGCAUUUUCUUAAUUUUUCUAUAAUUCUUUAUUGAAUAUUUGAGUAACUAUCCAGUCUUUCACUAACCCUUCUCUCUCUCUCUCUCUCUCUCUCUCUCUCUCUCUCUCUCUCUCUCUCUCUCUCUCUCUCUCUCUCUCUCUCUCUCUCUCUCUCUCUCUCUCUCUCUCUCUCUCUCUCUCUCUCUCUCUCAUAUCUGCUGCUUCUGCCUUGAGAUGAUUUAAUGAAAUAGGCAUAUAAUUUUUAUUUUAAUUAUUAAUUAUACUAUUUUUUUAAAGGAAGUUUAGCCUAUUCAGAUUGCCAUCUCCAGAAGUACAUAGAGGGAAAGUGUGUACUGAAUUAAUUACCUUGUUUAAUAUGUGGAAUUGUUUUGAUCCACACAUCUUGUAAUUAUUCUAGGUUGAAAAAUCAAAUCUGGUAGUUUCUUAGUCUGUCAUAGAGAGAUGAAAGAAUGAAACUAUACUUGUAAACUCUUGAAUCUGGUGGCAGUAAGAGUAUCUGUCAGAGUAAAUAGUGAGUGUGGUAGUGCUGUGACUGUACAAGUUGAGAAGGUGCAUCUAGGGCAAGAACACACAGCUUGCAAGUUGUAAGUCAAUACAUUAGUGGAAAUGUAACCAAGAGUAGAAUGUAUGAAUCUGCAAGAAGUUUUUGUAAACUUGUGCAAAGCUUAUGCUCAAUAUAAUUUUGUGAACACUUUAGCAUGUGACAACUGAAUGGUGAUAUUUUGAGGGAUGAGAUUUUCCCAAGUUGCAAAGCCAUGAAACAUCAGAGAGCCACCUACUUUUGAAACAUUAAUGAAAGUACUUACUAAUUUCUAAGUUUCAGUGAAAUGUUUAGCAAUAUCUUAGGUGAUAUUUAUCCCCUUCUAUGUUUAUGAAAGUUCCUUAAGCAAUGUGGUGUUGAUCUGUUAUAUUUAACAAACUGGAGGGAAUGCCAGAAAGGUAAUAAAUGAUAAAAACAAAGUUAUAAGGUAGUUGCAAUUCUACAGAUGACCACCCCUUAUUACAUGGUACAUUACGUUUAUAAGGAGGAGGAGGAAGAAGAAGAAAUUAACUUAGCUUUGUAUUUUCUUUAUUUAUGUGUUUGUGUGUAUAUAUGAUUAAAUUGUUAUCUAUA